CCUGAGCACCUUUGUAGUGCGUUUCCUGCAUCCUUAUUACCAAAGGCCUGAGAAUCAACCACUCACCCCUGCAUCGAGUAGCAGCCAAGAUGCCGGAGGGACGUGCUUCGUUCAUUAACUAUCCCAUGCCAAAAGCUCACGAUGUACCAUACCAACCCCCGCCUACCCCAAAGAAUCCCGUCGUGAAAGGCCUUGCGCUUCACUAUCUUGCAAAUAUCGUCACGACCAUACCCCUCCUUCCGUACCUUCUCUGGAGCAACGCUGGCUUCAGUUCGCUGCGGAAUCGCAAGGAGCUUGAGGGCAUCGAGGCGCGCUAUGAUCCUACCGUGAUUCAGUUACCAGAGCCUGGGGCCGAAGCUCCCGCCAGCUAUACAAACGCGACGAAUCUCCGCGUGCCGCCGGACGCCAACGGGCGAUUCUACACCGUCGCUGACUUUCACGACGCGUAUAAGAGCGGUAGACUCGCGCCUAUUGAUGUCGUAGAAGCGCUACUUCCCCUCAUCCGCCGAGAUGUCGCGCACAGAUCCUCGCACUCGACGGCGUUUGUGGAUAGCAAGGUGGAGCUUGUAAGAAAGGCGGCGGAGGCUUCAACCAAGAGAUGGAAGGAGGGAAAGCCGCUGGGCAUACUGGAUGGGGUGCCGUUCGCGGUCAAGGAUGAUCUGGAUGUCAAGGGGUAUAAGAGAUACGUGGGCACGAAGAGAGAUCACACAGAGGGAAAGGAAGUUGAGACGAGUUGGUGCGUGAGGAAGGUUGAGGAAGAGGGCGCUGUGCUGGUAGGGAAGUUGAAUAUGCAUGAAUUGGGUCUCGAUACGACGAACAACAAUCCGAACUGGGGCACGCCGCUUAAUCCGUACAACGACAAGUACUAUACUGGAGGCUCUUCGGGGGGCCCUGCCUAUGCCGUCGCAACCGGACUCAUUCCGUUCGCCAUCGGAUCCGAUGGUGGUGGCUCGAUCCGCAUCCCAACCAACUACUGCGGACUGUAUGGUCUGAAGCCGUCACAUGGACGGGUAUCUACAGCACCACUGCUCAAACCCGAUAGGUCUGUUGUCGUUAUAGGUCCUCUUACGAGCAACAUGGCCGACCUAGAAGUCUCCUUCCGUGUGCUCGCGCAGCCCAAUACGUCCGACCAUCCAUCUGCCCAAUUCUCGCCUCCGAAACCUCUGUCAGGCUCUCGGAACAAGGUCCUAGGGGUCUGCAAGCCCUGGUUCGACCGCGCCGAUCCCGCUGUGCAAGAAGCGUGCCACUCUGCAAUCCAGUACUUCGUUUCCGAGCUCGGCUACCAAAUAAUCGAUAUCUCGCUGCCGCUGCUGCACGAAGGGCAAAUCGCACAUGCAAUAACCAUCUUAGCCGAAGCUGCGGCGGCGCAACGUUCGCUCACGGACCUCACUGCACCCAACAAAGUGCUUCUGAAAGUGGCUCAGCAAACUCCCGCUAUGGAUUUCCUCCUCGCUCAGCGCCUGCGGAACUUACUCAUGCAGCACCUCGGUUAUCUGUUCCAGAAACAUCCAGGUCUCAUUAUUGUGACACCGACGACGCCCAACGCCGGCUGGCCGAUUGGAGCCGGAGAGCUCAGCUAUGGUGUCAGCGAUGGCAAUACGCAGGUUCGGAACAUGGAGUACGUAUGGCUGGCAAACUUCACGGGGGUUCCGUGUAUACAGUUCCCCGUGGGGUAUGUAGAGCCUGUGCAGGGAAAAGGCAAGAUACCUGUGGGCCUGAGCGGUCAUGGAGAAUGGGGCAGCGAAGAUGCAUUGAUCGAGUUCGGGUUCGAUGGGGAGGAAUGGCUGAAUAAGGGGUGCGUAGGUAACGCCCAGCCCGGAGGCCUUCAACAUCCUUUGGGCAGGCUGAGGCCCGAGGGGUGGGUGGAUAUCCUGGGGAUGGGUUCGGGUGAGUAAAGGCUUUCCUGGAGGUCUUCAGUGACCUAUCGGGAGGCCGAGACUGCAAGGGUAGGUAAAAAUUGAAGGUUUGAGUUUGAGAAAGGAAAGUUCAGCCGGG